AAUCAUGGGUCUCUCGGUCUCCCGUCUGCUUUCUGGUCUCUUCGGCAAGAAAGAGAUGCGCAUAUUGAUGGUUGGGCUGGACGCAGCCGGUAAAACCACCAUUCUGUACAAGUUGAAGCUCGGCGAGAUCGUGACGACCAUCCCAACAAUCGGUUUCAACGUUGAGACCGUCGAGUACAAGAACAUCUCGUUCACAGUCUGGGAUGUCGGAGGACAGGACAAGAUCCGUCCUCUCUGGAGGCAUUAUUUCCAGAAUACUCAGGGCAUCAUCUUCGUUGUCGACUCUAACGAUCGGGAACGUAUUUCUGAGGCGCGGGAGGAAUUGCAGCGCAUGCUCAACGAGGAUGAGCUCCGUGAUGCUCUCCUCCUUGUCUUUGCGAACAAGCAAGAUCUCCCCAAUGCCAUGAGCGCUGCUGAAAUCACCGACAAGCUUGGGCUCCACGGACUCAGGCAGAGGACGUGGUUCAUUCAGGCGGCAUGUGCGACGAGUGGUGAUGGUCUAUAUGAAGGUCUCGAGUGGCUCAGCGCCAACAUAAAGCGACGGGUUUAAAGUGUGUUCUUCCUUAUCGUGUCCGGGUCCACAUCAACGCUGUCGUAAUACGCGUCAUGAUCCUUACGAUAUGAAAGAUCAUUCUAUUUGCACCUUGUCUCUGCUUAGCUCCUCAGCAGCUUAGUCUCGUUAGUUUUCCAUUUUAGUCUGUUUCCUAUCUGUUGUCUCGUACCUUCGGAACCUCGUAUCCCCCAAC